GAUAUGCGUCCACUGUGUAUCGCUUUUCUGUUUCCAGCUCUGGUAUUUUCUGCAUCAUAUGACCCUCUGUUCAUAGACCAACCGAGUAUUGCAGUAAAGGCGGAACAAAAUGGCUUUGUAGGCCUAAAUUCUGGAGUGGAAGGUAACGUGACGGUCAGCGCCGGAAGUGGAGGCUCCAUCUACCUCGACGGCGAGGACCUGCUCUUCAUCAUUCAGAUGAUAGAAAGCCAGCCUCCAGUUUGGCAGUCAAAUGGUCCAGUGUCAAGUAAAACUCCGUACGGCUACUUGGGGGAGUUCCGUGCCGGCAACGUCGUCAACGUUCCCCUCGAAGCCUUGGAUCCCGAGGGGCUGAAUGUCACCUACACCUUGGUUGCCGGCUCACUACCCCCAGGGUUGAAACUAGGUUUGGACACUGGAAUCAUAACUGGGAUUAUCCCCGACGCCGACGCCACAUAUGUAAUGACGAUUCGGGCCACCGACGGACACGGGAAGUACGCCGACAACCUAUUCCGCAUGGUAACACGAGGCUAUGACGGUUGUUUAAGGCAUCCAUGUCAACACGAGGGGAUGUGUACGGACGUGAGGGAGGGAUACAGCUGUGAUUGCGUCCGUCCGUAUGGGGGCGUUGACUGCAACCUCAACUGCGCUACUAAUCCACUCGGUAUCAAGAACAGCCUAAAGGUCGUUCCAAAUGCCGCCCUCACCGGCUACAACAUGUAUAGUACCAACCAAGCUAAUCAAGCGCGUCUUGACGGAAGUACUGCCUGGUACGGCGUGGACUCUUCUUCAUACUUACAGAUUGACUUCGGAAACACCACUGACAUUUAUGGCGUCCAGAUUCAGUACUACAGCAGCACGUAUUAUACGGGGUAUUUCUACAUGCAGUACAGUCUAGAUGGCGACGUGUUCUCAAACUACACCGACUACACCGGCACCACACAGCGCCUGGCCGGCAACACCGGAAGCGGGACACACACGACAACAUUGCCUAGCGUGAUGACGUCACGUUACGUUCGCGUGUUUCCGCUAACAUGGAACACGUCAUACCGGCCAGCGUUCAGGAUUGAGAUGCUCGGAUGCUACGAUUAUAUGAAGCGGUAGGAAGAAAACCACCCAAGUGAAAAUGAACUUUUAUUUCCAUACCAAACAUUGGCAACUUAUUAAGGCAUACAGUAGGAAUGAAAUUUAAUAAAAUAUGUUUUUAUCGCUGUAUAUUUGGAAAGAAAGCUGUAUUGAUG